CAGGAUUCCCCUGCAGCUACUUCUCUGCUGGGCAUCCACUCAGAGGCCGUGCAUUCAGGACCUAGCAGGCUAUAUCCUUGCUGGCCAGAGCAGGCAUAAAAGAUAAUCUGUAGAAGAACAAUUCUGCACCACAUUCUCAAAGGUGGCUUUUAAGAGUUUGAGGAGCUUCUGGAAUGGACUCAGUAAAGGUUAUAGGGGCUGGAGAUAGCUAUUGCUGUUCUGCAGGCUGAGGAGCAAGAAAUUGCUCUGCAGCUUGAAGGAGGAGAUGACUUGUUUCAUGCUUAUUUGCCUCUAUUGCUUGAAAAAUCAGCCACUUGCCUGUUGUAUUUGUUGCAUUCCACAUCUGUGGGACUGUAGCCUUUAGUUUUGAUCCCUUGGUAUUAUUUUAACGUGCUCUGGGAAACUGUACCCUGUUCCUUAGUGUUGCCUGUGAAAGUCUCAAAUGGCUUUGAACUGUUCCCUAUCAAGUCCUUUCCUGUUGAUCCUAAUGGCUUUAGUGAGAAGAAAGUGCAGCUGUCUUAAAGAUUGUGUUGCUGAUAGUUUGGGCAAAAACAAAUGGCGAUGAUCUAAAAAGGCAUUUGUGACUGGUGAAGGGAUCCCAGCAAACCAGAUCUGAAGGGCACUGAUGAAGCUGGCAGUACCUGUUCAGAAUGCAGGUGGGGCAUAUCUUGGAUGCUCAAGAUGUCUGUUACAGAUGAUAUCUACUUCUCUGCUGGCUGUGUGGGUGAGCACAGCACGCUAAGGAGGCACUAUUUGAGCAGAAAUUCACCCCUUGCUUUCAGCAUGAGUCUUCUGAGGGUGAGAUGAUGGGGCCAGACUCUUAACAGGCAUUGCGUGAGAUCAGGUGUGUGCUCACAUACGGGCUGGCAGCCCUGUGAAAACAAACCAGGGCUGCCAGAGAGCUCUGCCUGCCCUCGCUUGAUGAGCACCAGGAUGAGGGAGCUUUUGACGCAGCUGUAAAGCAGCUGCAGGAAAGCUGAGCACCAGAUGUCAUUUGUGCCUCUUGACAUAUUGCUGUUACGUGGGAGCAGAGGCUGAGCACAGCGAAGCCCAGACCUCUCCAAGCCUUGUGUGUGCUUUGAUGCUUCGCAAUCGGGGAGCUGCUAGAGAUCAGCUUGUCCUGCCCGUUCCUCAGCGCUGGGUGGGCGUUAAGGUUCGCUCCGCCCUAAGCCAUGCCGGCAAGGAGGCUGCAGCCCAGACGCGGACUACAUCUCCCAGCAGCCCCCGCGCCGCUCCGUUCCCGCCCUGCCCCGCGCGCCCAACAGCCGCCGUUUGAAAAAUGGCGGCUUACGCUGAAGCGCUGCCCGAGGAAUGGCUGGUCUACCUCGUCUCCACCCGCGCCGCCACCUUCCGCAACUGGCCCUUCACCGAGGGCUGCGCCUGCACGCCCGAGCGGAUGGCGGCGGCGGGCUUCGUGCAUUGCCCUAGCGAGAACAGCCCCGACGUGGUGCAGUGCUUCUUCUGCCUCAAGGAGCUGGAGGGCUGGGAGCCCGACGACGACCCGCUGGAGGAGCACAAAAAGCACUCCGCGGGCUGCGCUUUUGCCGCUCUUCAGAAAGAUCCCGCUAAGCUGACAGUGCAGGAGUUCCUGAAGCUGGAUAAAAAGCGGGCCAAAAACGUAAUUAAAAAAGCGAUUUCUCAGAAGGAGACUGAUAUUGAAGAUGUAGCCAAGGACGUGCGGCACGCGAUAGAGAACAUGGGCCCUUAGGCUCCUGUGCUGGGUGUAUGUGCCUUGACACUGCCAUGCUGUCUGAAAAGCUGUUUCCUGGGACCACUUCUGCAAUGGCCACACCUCUGAGUCGCAAAACAGCGCUGAAUUCUUCUUUACUUAUCUGAGUCUGUCUGAGAAGUACCUGGGAUGUGGUGCAUUGCAUAGAUUGUCUUUUUCAGCAGGGAUUCUUUUAUUCUUCCGUUACUGGUGCUUUUAUUUGUUCUUUUUUAAAUUCUGUUUUGUAAACUCAGUUCUUCCCAUUUGAGAAGUGCUGGUAGCCCUGCUGCAAAAACUUGUGAGAGCUAGCAGACCUUUCCAUUUUUGUACUGAAUGCUACUGGUACUUAUGGUUACUUUUAGAAAUAAAAAGGAUUGAAACUCCUUUAGGGACAUA